CUUCCCAAAGGACCAAACCCAACAAGCAAUUGAAAUUUGGUUUCACCACAAAGAGUUAAAGAGAAAGCAGAGAAACAUGGGUUCCGAAGGAGGGGAUAACGGCAUGUUCAGUGUCACUGUGACCAAGAAGGAAGUGGUGGCGGCAGCGCUACCUUUGCAAGAACAUUGGCUGCCACUUUCCAACCUAGAUUUGCUUCUCCCUCCACUUGACGUGAGUGUUUUCUUUUCUUACAGAAACAAUAAUAACCAUAUGAUGAAGAGUUUCGGGUCCAUGGUGGGUGUUCUGAAGAAAGCAAUGGCUCAAGUUCUGGUGUCCUACUACGCCUUCGCGGGUGAGGUAGUGGAAAACUUCGUGGGAGAGCCUGAGAUCCUAUGCAACAACAGGGGUGUGGACUUUUUUGAGGCUUUUGCAGAUAUUGAUCUCAAAGACCUCAACUUGUAUAACCCCGACCACUGCAUUGAAGGCAAACUGGUGCCCAAGAAGAAGGACGGUGUGAUCGCUGCCCAGGUAACGGAACUCAAAUGCGGCGGUGUCGUGGUGGCGUGCACAUUUGAUCAUCGCGUAUCAGACGCCUACUCGGCCAAUAUGUUUCUUGUGUCGUGGGCAGAAACGGCUCAAUCCAGAGCGAUCUCAGUGGUUCCAUCUUUCAGGCGAUCUCUGCUGAACCCUAGACGUCCUGCUUGCAUCGAUCCUUCCCUGGACAACAUGUACGUACCCAUCUCCAAGCUGCAACCUCCCAAAGAGCCUCAGGCCGAUUCUGAUCACCUCAUAAGUCGAAUAUAUUAUGUGAAAGCCGAUCAGCUUAACGAACUACAAUCACUUGCAAGCUCCGAUGGCUACAAGAGGACAAAACUCGAAUCUUUUAGCGCUUUCUUGUGGCAACUGGUUGCCAAAUCUGCCAAACAAGAUGUUGCCGCUGGAACGGCAAAGAUUUCAAAAAUUGGCAUUGUGGUGGAUGGGAGGACGAGGUUAAGUGAUAAAACUAUUGAUAAAGCAACAUUAAUGGAUGCCUACUUUGGAAAUGUACUAUCAAUUCCCUAUGGAGAAAAGAGAAUUGAUGAUCUAAUGGAAAAUCCAUUGAGUUGGGUAGCGAGUGAGGUCCAUGAUUUCCUGGAGAGUGGCGUGACAAAGGAGCAUUUCUUGGGGUUGAUUGACUGGGUUGAGGCUCAUAGGCCAGAGCUAGCCGUGGCUAAGAUAUACAGUAGCGGUAGUGAUGGUGGACCGGCUUUUGUGGUGUCUUCAGGGCAAAGAUUUCCGGUUUCAAAGGUGGACUUUGGGUGGGGAGCGCCUGCCUUUGGGUCGUAUCAUUUUCCUUGGGGCGGUAGCGCUGGAUAUGUCAUGCCGAUGCCAAGUCCAGCCGGGAACGAUGAUUGGAUAGUGUAUAUGCACCUUUUGAAGGGGCAAAUGGAGUUGAUAGAGGCUGAGGCUGCCAAUUUUUUUAGGCCUCUCACUUGGGAUUAUCUUAAUCUGCUUUCAUCACAUUCUAUAGUUACCCCAUAUACCAUAUAAAUUUAUUUGCUCCUUAUUAAUUGAAAUUAAGAAUUAAUGCUUUGCAUUCGAUGUUGUUGUUAAUUGUAAUUACAGUUUGAUCUGCAGUUAUAUUAAUUAUCUUGCCCAUCA